AGAGGGAUCAAAGAUGCACAUAUCAAAAUCUAAUUCGGUAAAUACAUUUUAUACCGUCUAUGCAUGGUAUUAUUUUGGGUGAUAUACGACAACUUAAAUCCAACUUAUCACAGCUUUUAACUAGUGGCAAAUGUUGGUUGAAAAGGUAUGUUGAUAUGGUGUUGACAAUCCCAAAGGGCACUCUCUUCCCAAUGUGUGGAAUGAAUCUGGCAUUUGAUCGUGAACUUAUUGGCCCAGCAAUGUACUUUGGACUUAUGGGAGAUGGCCAACCCAUUGGACGUUACGACGAUAUGUGGGCUGGUUGGUGUUGCAAGGUAAUUUGUGAUCACUUGGGAUUGGGAAUCAAGACUGGAUUACCCUAUAUCUAUCAUAGCAAGGCUAGCAAUCCAUUUGUGAAUUUGAAGAAGGAAUACCUUGGAAUUUUUUGGCAAGAAGAGAUCAUUCCCUUUUUCCAAUCACAUACCUUCUCUAAGGAUUGUACUUCUGUGCAGAAGUGCUAUGUAGAACUGUCCAAACAGGUUAAAGAAAAACUUGGAAAAGUAGACCCCUAUUUUGUGAAGCUUGCAGAUGCGAUGGUCACUUGGAUUGAAGCUUGGGAUAUGCUCAACCCUGCUUCUAAAGAUUCUUCCAAACUUCCUAAUGGCUCUUCAAAAUGAAAUUAUCAAAAUUUAUUAUGAUUAAACGCGACUAGCAAAUCACCUCUUGCUCAAUCAAAUAAUAGACACCUGACUGCGGUUUGGAUUGUCUCCCUAUGAGCAUAAUGAUAUAAGCCUGCUUGGCCAUGUAUUUUGUAGUAUUACUAGAUCUGUCAUUUGUAUCCUUUUCAUGUUUUAUUUUAUCUGUCAUUUUGUAUCCUUUUUAUGUUUUAUUUUUGUGGUCUAGGUCUAGCGAUAUUUCGACUUGAUAUGUUGAUAAUAUCAGUGGAUGUAAUCCUCUUUUAUCAUGUUAUUGUAAAAUGUGAUGAACCAUAAUGUAAGUUUUCUACUUCUGGUUCAUGCUAAUGGUUCAUUUCCGGUUUC